CUUUGGAGACUUAUAUACCUCCUUUGCACGAUCAUAUUCAUAAAUAAUAUUCAUUUGCAAUUUUUUGAAAAAAAUAAAAUAAAAUAAUAAUAAUAACCCCUUCAAAAGUCAGCGCCGUCCUUGGGGACCCUCUGAUUUUCCAUCUCGUUCUCUCCUCCCCCCAAUUUGCAAAAACAGCAGGAAUUGGGAAGUAGUGGACAUGAUAGAAGAAUAGAUGAUGUACCAUUAAGGAAAAAGCUGCAGCAAAGAGUCCUGUUUCCUCUGAAGAACUAGCAUAUUUAUACUGCUACAUCCUACGCCGGAUUCCUCCUUAAUUUGGGUCCGGAAUGGCGGAGGAUUGGGAUUUGUAUGCGGUGGUGAGGAGCUAUACCGGCACCGCCGGCAGCUCCGCAAUCUCAUCAACCGAUGAAAUGAUCACGUCAUCCCCUGCCGUCGACAACACAAAUCAAGAAUUCGGAGAGUCAUCAUCAUCAUCAUUGGCAAAUCUUCAUGAUCCUUCUUCUCUAAAUGCUGAGAAUCCAUCUAACUUCCCAGGUUUUGUGCCUUAUCAAGAGGGAUCAUUUCAGGGUCUUGAAGAAAUUUACCGGGAACAACAACAACAACAACAACAACAGGAAACGAUGAUCACUGCUCUGCCUCAUAAUCAGCAGUACAGCCAGGAAUUGCAAAAGCAACAACAAUCUUAUAGCCAGCAACCAACAGGGCAAUUUUCACUUUAUCCACAACAUUCUCAGCAUCAUGUGAUCCCACCCCAUCAUCAUCACCACCAACAGAAUUUCAACGUGAUUCUUGGUUCUUCUCCCCUUUCUUUUGCUUCUGCUACUGCUCAGCCCAUAAGAUCUCGCAGAAGGAAAAACCAGCAGGCAAAAGUGGUUCACCGAAUGACACAGGAGGAAUUAUCUGGUGAUUCGUGGGCGUGGCGGAAAUAUGGACAAAAGCCAAUUAAAGGCUCCCCCUUUCCAAGGAACUACUAUCGAUGUAGCACGUCAAAAGGAUGCGUCGCAAGGAGACAAGUGGAGAGAUGUCCCACAGAACCAAACACAUACGUUGUGUCCUACAGCGGACAACAUUCACAUCCACGGCCAACUCACCGGAGCUCGCUCGCCGGAAGCACCCGGGCUAAGACUGCCAAGCCCACUACUUCCGGCGAACCCAUGAUUAAUUCAGCACAGUCAAACAUCAGUAUGGCCUCAUCAUCAUCUCCAGCAUCAGGGUCCAGUUUCUCUCCAAGGGCCGAGUGCGCAGCAGAGGAGGUUGCCGAUGUAGAACAUCUCAAACCGGAGAUUAUUCCAGGGGAGGAAGAUGAUGAGGGAGAGAGAUGGGAGGAUGAUGACGACGACGACGACGACGACGACGACGAUGAUAAUAAUGAUGGGGAUGGGGAAAUUCUGAUCCCUAACAAUCUCAUUCAUCACUAUUAAUAAAUGAUCAUCAUGAUAAACAGAGUGACUCAAUUUCCAACUCUAGACUGAAUAAAGAUGAAUGAAAACCAUUUUUCUCAUCAAUUUAACAUUUCACCAUAAGUUGAUAUCAGCAGGGUGAAACUUGAAAUGGAAUCAAUGGCGGCCACCAGCGUCUAAAUACAGAACGGCCUUGGAAAAGUUGGAGAAAUCUUCUUUACUUCCGCAAAGCUCAAGCUGCCUUCUUAUCAUUGUGCUUUGUCUGCGGAAUGGGGUAUAAAAACUACAACAGUGAAAGGAGAGAGGCAUGAAAUUGGCAUUGGAACAAAAGAAUGAUCUUUUCCUUCCUCCACCAAAAAAGAAAUUUUGGUUUUUUUUGGUUCUGUUAUGCUUUACUUUUAACCUUCGAUUCUUUUCUGGUAGAAGAAUCAGAAUAUCAAGUGGUUUGAAAGUGUACUUUAGUCGUAGCCUUUUGUAGAUGAAACUAUUUCACUGCAACUUCAACAUGCAUUUUUACUAGUUUUGUACAGAAAAGUAGAAAACCAGCACGAGGCAUCUCAGGAUUUGCAGGAAUUUUUUCAGUUUGCUAUUUGACUUCUAAU